AUGCCGAAUAGAUGUAUUGUCGGGGGUUGCUCUAAUACUUCUAAUGCGGAGAAAGGAAUUUCCCUUCAUUUCAUACCGUUUUCUGGCGACGAAAGGCCAGAAGCCAAAAAGAGACGAAAGCAGUGGAUUGAUUUCGUGCGGUCAAAGCGGGCAAAAUGGGAUCCGACUCCCAAUUCGAGUAUUUGCUCAGCGCAUUUUGACAGGAAAGAUUUUACACAAAUGUUUUCUGGUUUCUCUGGCAAAGUACCGCGGUUAGCCUCUGAUGAAAUUGGCAUAGUAGCAGUCCCUAAGUACCACGCAGUAACUGCAGAGACAGUGGUCAAACCCUCGUCUGCGAGAGCUAGGAGAAUGGUUGUAAAAGAAGCGUUGUCUGGAAGUGUGACCGCCCAAGGCAAAGCGCCGGAUGAACCUUGCCACGAAACAGACCCAGCUGAACACGCAAUGGAAAAUGUUGGAGAAGAACUGCCAGAAAACGCUUCUCCGAACAAAACAAACAGCGUUUCAACUGGAACAGACGGUUGUGUUGGUUGUGCGUACUUGCUAAAAGAAAAGCGUAAGACUUGGAACAAGUAUAUUGCGCUUAAAAGCAAGUACGAUGCACUGGUGAAAGUAAAACAUUCCAAAGGUGUUCAGUGUAAUAUACUAAAUGUGGAAGAACCAAGCCGUGCUGAAAUGCCCCUAACACUUCCAGAACCCGAACCGGGAAACGAAGACACAAGUAAUCCCACUGAGAACCUACGCCAGCAACCUAAAUACAUCAUAUUCCUGUCACAGUUGCUGUUGCUAUUUAAGUUUUGCCAUUAUUGCAAAGCAGAUGGCCCUCUCGUUGAAACUACGACGGAUGGAACCCUGCUAAUUGUGAGGACAACUUGUGCCAAUCCCGUUUGUAGUCGAAAAAACAACAUAUGGAGAAGUCAACCACUGAUGCCUACGACAAAACUGAACGCUUGCGAUUUCCUGCUAAGUUUCGCUAUUCUUGUAUCUGGAGGAUCACCCACUAAAGUGCUCAACAUGUUUCGACACAUGGGACUUGUUGGAAUGUGCAAUGAAUCUUACUAUAGACACCAAGGGAAAAUGUUGUUUCCAACAAUCUUUCUUCACUGGGAAGAUUACCGAAGAAAGAUUCUGGAUCGGUUACAAGCAUUGGAAUCUUUGGUUAUUUCUGGUGAUGGACGGCACGAUAGCAUGGGGCAUAGUGCAAAAUAUGGUGCUUACACAAUAUUUUGUUGUACCUCAGCUGAAAUAAUUGAUUUUAGUUUGAUCCAGAGAAAUGAAGUUGGAAGCAGCCCUGCAAUGGAAUUUGAAGGGUUCCAAAGAUGUUUGAACUUUCUCCUAGCUGAAGGCCUGGACAUUUCCACCUUUGUCUCAGACAGACAUCAAACAAUAGCAAAACACAUGAGGGAGAAACUACCAAAGAUAAAACAUUAUUUCGACAUAUGGCACUUGAAAAAGAAGCUGCAUAAGGUCUUGACUAAGCUGGCUAAAGAGGCAGAUUGUGAAGAACUGGCAGAGUGGAUACAACCCUGUAUAAACCACCUUUACUGGAGUGCCACAUCUACUUACUCAGGAAAUGGCAGGAUUAUACUGGCUAAGUUCAAGUCUUUCCUUGGUCAUAUUGUUGACAAACAUGAUGGGUUUGAUGACCCAUUGUAUGAUAAAUGUGUUCAUGGUGAACUGACUCCAAGAAAGUGGAUUCUACCUGAUUCUCCAGCCUACACAAAACUAAGUGGUGCUAUGCUAAAGAAGUCCUUUGUUAAGGGCAUUAAACAAGCUUCACCGUUGGACCAAACUAGUUGUUUGGAAGGUUUCCACUCUGUCAUCAAUCAGUUCUCCCCAAAAAUGAAUGCUUAUUCAUUUUCUGGUAUAUACUGCAGGUUGGUUUUACUCUAUUAGUAAUAAACUAACAGCAACUGAUUUGGUUAGCUAGCU